GUCAUGACAGUCACGUGACUCGACGCACGUGUGACGGACGAGUGGCGUGGGUGGGGAAGAAUUCCUCAGAUUUCUCGCAUUUCGUACCCGUGUGCGAAAACGUUCGCACCACCCGCCGCUCCCUGGGUCUGCUGCUUCGAAAGCACCGGCGGCAUGAAGGAGGAGUGCUCGGUGCUCUCGCCUAAACUCAGCGGAGGGCCGAAGGGACUGGGUGAUCCCGAUGACAGGAGUUUGAGGAGGGUGGAGAAGGACGUGAUGGUACCCAAGCUGAUGCGAGAUAGAGUCAAAGCCGAGAAGUGCGUCGACGAGGUCAAAGAAUUCCACGACUGCUGCCUGAAUACCGGCAUAUUGCACGUCGUGAAGUGCAGGAGGGAGAAUGACAAGAUGCAGGAUUGCAUGAAGAAGUGGUACUACAAUGACGACUUUAUUAAAGAGUGCACGGAACAGUAUCUGGACGAGAGGAGUGAAUUUCGAAAGACCGGAGUUCCCAAAAAGCAGAGAAACGUUAGACUGCAGGGAGGAUCGAUGUGAACGUGCAGAUAAGGAAUGGACAAUUGUACAGAGAGAGAAAGAUUGUCGAGAUUGUACAUCUAACGUCUGUGAUUGAUCUAACGAUAAUUCUAACAAUUCUAUACCGGUAAAAGAAAGCUUUCGAAAUUGCACAGAGAUUGCUUGGAAAAUCGAACUAUUUAGACUAUUGGAAAGUUAAAGUUAUGUUGAUUUGGUUCCUGCAUCGAGUUCUCAUUAUAGUUGAAUGUCUACAUGGUAAACUCCUGUGUUUUAAUGCCUGUAAAGUAUUGCUUUACCUACUGUUUCUUUUGUUUGCCAUGUGGCAAUAUAUGAAAUAACUCCACGUGUGCUAUUGAAACGAUACGAACAUUGAUAUCCCAAUGAGUACAAACAUCUAACGAUACAACGUCUAAAUUGUAGAACUUUGUGGAGACAAAGAUCUACAAUAGAAUGACGAAACGAAGAAAAAAGAGUAUAGACAUAUUUGACGUGUUGUUUUAAAUAAAACCUUGUUUAAAAAAA